CUUCCGCAAGAGCGAGGACCACCAGGGGGCGAGCGGGAAAAACAGGCUGUAAUGUGAGGCCCGCCUGGCCUCAGGGACGCGGGAGGGCCUCAAGGAGCAGUACGCGUGCCCGCAAGGAAUGGCGGUCGCGGGGCAGCGGGGAGAGCGGGCGCAGAGUGGCGCGGCCGCCCACACAGGUGCCUGAGAGGCGAGACAGCCCGCGCUCGAGGACGCCCGGGGAUGCGCGCGCACCUGCCCUCUCCCCCAGCUCGCACGCUCCAGAGGAAGUGUGGAGACCCCACCCCCGCGCCUCGCCUCAGGCCCCGCCCCCGCGCGCCUCGCCUGAGGCCAGUCAGCUCAGCCUCGGCGCCCGCCCCCGCCUGUUAAAUGGGCCGGCGGGCGCAGCCCCCGGAAACUGCGGCGCACUCGGGAGCUGUGAUCGCAGCAUCAUGGCAGAGCAGGUGGCCCUGAGCCGGACCCAGGUGUGCGGGAUCCUGCGGGAAGAGCUGUACCAGGGCGAUGCCUUCCACCAGGCCGACACCCACAUAUUCAUCAUCAUGGGCGCGUCGGAGCUGCGUAUGUGUUGUGGACACAGGUGGACAUUCGGGCUGGGCUUCCCGGGUGACCUGGCCAAGAAGAAGAUCUACCCCACCAUCUGGUGGCUCUUCCGGGACGGCCUGCUGCCUGAGAACACCUUUGUGGUGGGCUACGCCCGCUCGCGCCUCACCGUGGCUGACAUCCGAAAGCAGAGCGAGCCUUUCUUCAGAGCCACCCUGGAGGAGAGGCCCAAGCUGGAAGAGUUCUUCGCUCGCAACUCCUAUGUCUCCGGCCAGUACGACGACCUGGCCGCCUACAAGCGCCUCCGCAGCCACAUGGACUCACUGCACCAGGGCCCACAGGCCAACCACCUCUUCUACCUGGCCUUGCCCCCAACUGUCUACGAGGCUGUCACCAAGCACAUCCAUGAGGCCUGCCUGAGCCCUACCAGGGGCUGGAACCGCAUCAUUGUGGAGAAGCCUUUUGGAAGGGACCUACAGAGCUCCGACCAGUUGUCCAACCACAUCUCCUCCCUGUUCCGAGAGGACCAGAUCUAUCGCAUUGACCACUACCUGGGCAAGGAGAUGGUGCAGAACCUCAUGGUGCUCCGGUUUGCCAAUAGGAUCUUUGGCCCCAUCUGGAACCGGGACAACAUUGCCUGUGUGAUUCUCACCUUCAAGGAGCCCUUCGGCACUGAGGGCCGUGGGGGCUACUUUGAUGAGUUUGGGAUCAUCCGGGACGUUAUGCAGAACCACCUGCUGCAGAUGCUGUGUCUGGUGGCCAUGGAGAAACCCGCCUCCACAGACUCCGAUGACGUCCGUGAUGAGAAGGUCAAGGUGCUAAAAUGCAUCUCUGAGGCGCAGGCCGACAACGUGGUCCUGGGCCAGUACGUGGGCAAUCCCAGUGGAGAGGGUGAGGCCACCAGAGGGUACCUGGAUGACCCCACAGUGCCACAUGGGUCCACCACUGCCACCUUCGCAGCUGUCGUCCUCUACGUGGAGAACGAGCGUUGGGAUGGGGUGCCCUUCAUCCUGCGCUGUGGCAAAGCCCUGAACGAGCGCAAGGCCGAGGUGCGGCUGCAGUUCCACGAUGUGGCUGGUGACAUCUUCCACCAGCAGUGCAAGCGCAAUGAGCUGGUGAUCCGCGUGCAGCCCAACGAGGCCGUGUACACCAAGAUGAUGACCAAGAAGCCAGGCAUGUUCUUCAACCCGGAGGAGUCCGAGCUGGACCUCACCUAUGGCAACAGAUACAAGGACGUGAAGCUCCCGGACGCCUACGAGCGCCUCAUCCUGGAUGUAUUCUGUGGGAGCCAGAUGCACUUCGUGCGCAGUGACGAACUCCGGGAGGCCUGGCGCAUUUUCACCCCGCUGCUGCACCAGAUCGAGCGGGAAAAACUGCGGCCCAUCCCCUAUGUCUAUGGCAGCCGAGGCCCCCCUGAGGCAGACGAGCUGAUGAAGCGAGUGGGUUUCCAGUACGAGGGCACCUACAAGUGGGUGAACCCCCACACGCUCUGAGGCCGGGUGCCUGCUCCCCUCCUUGGCCUACCUGUGCUGGGAGGACUUGGGACCGCAGGCUCGACCACCACCCUCGCCCCUCGCCCUCCGCUGCGCCCUUUCCAGCCACAUUCCUCCAGUGCCGCCGCCCGGGGCCACUGCGGCCCAUCCAGCUCCAUGGGACCCAACUGCCUGCUCCUGCAGGAAGAAGGAGAAGAGGGGCGUGGCCUAGUGGGUUAGGGGCAGGGGAGGGCCUGUGGGAAGCCCCUCAGGUGGGGGUGGUGGCCAUGCCGACCUCGGUGCGCCCAGCAUUCCCAGUCCUCAGCUGGUGAGGAGCUCGCCCCCUCCCCUGACACACUCCAAGACGCCCACCUCCCCACCCGCCAUUAAACCUCGAACAGCCCGUG